UGAACUUGAUUUUGCUCCUCAGGCAAAACAGAAAGAACUCUUCUUUAUUCAGAGACCAUGGAAGUAAAACAGAUUGCAGUCAUAGGUGCCGGGGUCAGCGGACUGGGUGCCAUUAAGAGCUGCUUGGAGGAAGGACUUGAGCCUACGUGUUUCGAAAAGAGCAGUGACAUUGGAGGGCUGUGGAGAUACGAGGAGACACCAGAAAGUGGAAGGCCUGGGAUAUACAAAUCUUUGACCUGCAAUACAUCCAAGGAGAUGACAGGCUUCAGCGACUUUCCCGUCCCUGACCAUUACCCCAACUACAUGCACAACACCAAAAUGAUGGAGUAUCUCAGGAUGUAUGCCAGGCACUUCGGGCUGAUAAAACACAUCCAGUUCCAGACAAAGGUGUGCAGGGUGAGGAAGCGCCCUGAUUUUUCAUCCUCUGGCCAGUGGGACGUUGUGGUGGAGGUUGACGGAAAGCAGAAAACAUAUAUCUUUGAUGGGGUCAUGGUCUGCAGUGGUCACUACACUGAGAAGUAUCUGCCCUUGCAGGACUUUACAGGAAUCACCAAGUUCCAAGGCAGCCAUCUCCACAGCUGGGAGUAUAAGCACCCAGACAAUUUUGUGGGGAAGAGAGUGGUCGUGAUCGGCAUCGGGAAUUCUGGAGCAGAUGUGGCAGGCGAGAUCAGCCGUGUUGCUGAACAGGUUUUCCUCAGCACAAGAAGAGGGGCAUGGAUAUGGAACCGAGUUUGGGAUAAUGGGAAUCCCUUGGACACCACACUCUUCACCCGUUAUAACAGAACCAUCCAAAGGUUCUAUCCCACAUUCUUGAUCAACAGAUGGGCAGAGAAUAAAUUAAAUGCAAGGUUUAAUCAUGCCAAUUAUGGACUGCAGGCAAAACACAGAUUUCUCAGCCAUCAGUCUAUCUUCAGUGACGACCUGCCAAAUCGCAUCAUUACUGGGAAAGUGCAGGUGAAGGCAAACGUGAAAGAAUUCACCUCGACGUCCGCCAUCUUUGAGGAUGGCACUGAGGAGGCUGUAGAUGUGGUCGUCUUUGCCACGGGCUACACCUUCUCUUUCCCUUUCUUGGAUGACAACUCUGAGAUCCUGGACAGCAAACACACAAUGUUUAAGUUCAUCUUCCCUCCCAAGUUGGAGAAGCCAACCCUAGCUUUCAUUGGCAUCCUCCAGCCAGUGGGGGCCACCAUUCCCACCUCAGAGCUCCAAAGCCGAUGGGUUGCACGUGUGUUUGCAGGACUGAAAAAGUUGCCCUCACAGAGUGACAUGCUGGCAGCCAUCAACAGAAGGAAACAGAAAAUGGAGAAGGAGUUUGUGAAAAGUCCCAGAGGCAUACAUCGAGUGCAGUACAUCGACUACAUGGAUGAAAUCGCUUCAGAGUUAGGUGUCAAACCCAGCCUGCUCUCUCUCUUCCUCUGGGACAUAAAGCUGGCCAAGGAGAUUUUCUGGGGACCCUGCACCCCAUACCAGUACCGUCUACAGGGGCCAGGGAAAUGGGCGGGGGCUCGGGCAGCCAUCCUCACUCAGCGAGAACGGAUCCUCAAACCCCUGAGAACCCGUGUGCUCAAACACCCUGAGGCAUCGCCCUCUAGUCUGUUUUGGCUCAGAUGUAUCUGUGUUGUCGUCAUCUUUCUCUUUGUUCCCGUGUUAGUCAUCGUGCAAGUGAUAUAUUCCUAAAGUCACACUGACAGAGAGAGGCAAGCACUAGAGAGAACCAGUCAUUGUUAUUAGACAU